AUGUCGCCCCCGACUCUAAGAAUAGGAGUCGACGUCGGCGGCACCAACACCGACGGCGUCAUCCUUGACCCAACAUCCUCCUCCGCCCCCUCCCGCGGCAUCCUCGCCUCCCAAAAGACCAGCACAACCCCCAACCCCAGCGAUGGCAUCAACGCCGUCAUCAACCAGAUGUUCGCGCAGUCCGCGCCGCCGCUCGACCCCUCCCGCGUCGCCAGCAUGACCAUCGGCACCACGCACUUCAUCAACGCCGUCGUCGAGAUGGACGUCGCCCGCCUCGCGCGCGUCGCCGUCAUCCGCCUGUGCGGGCCCUUCUCCGCCGAUAUCCCCGUCGGCGUCGACUGGCCGCCGCGGCUGCGCGACAUCGUCUGCGCGCACCGCGGGCUCGUCGACGGCGGGCUCGAGAUCGACGGCAGCUUGAUUGCGGAGCUGGACGAGGACGGCGUGCGGCGGGAGGCGGAGGCGGUGCGGGCGAAGGGGAUUAGGAGCGUGGUUGUGGUUGGGAUUUUCAGCCCGGUGGAUGUCGUGUAUCGGCAGGAGGAAAGGGCGGCGGAGAUUGUGAGGGAAGUGUAUCCGGAGGCGGACGUGGUGAUGUCGAAGGAUGUGGCGAAUAUCGGGUUUCUGGAGAGGGAGAACGCGGCGGUGCUGAAUGCGUCGAUUUUGCCGUUUGCGAGGCGGACGAUUCACUCGUUUCAGGAUGCGGUUGCGAGGCUGGGGCUGAAGUGUCCUGUGUUUGUGACGCAGAAUGAUGGCACGAUAUUGCCGGCGAGCGCGGCGGCGAGGUUGCCGAUUAGGACGUUCUCGAGUGGUCCCACGAAUAGCAUGCGCGGCGCGGCGUUCCUGACGCAAAACCUUGAGAAGGAGGCUAUGAUGGUUGUCGAUAUCGGUGGAACGACCACCGACGUGGGUUUGCUUCUUGAGAACGGCUUCCCGAGACAGGCAGCGGCGUAUAGCGAGAUCUCAGGCGUGAGGACAAACUUUUCGUAUCCUGAUGUCAAGAGUAUUGGUCUCGGGGGUGGCUCCAUCGUCAGACGGGAUGAGAACGGUGCUUUGACGAUCGGGCCGCAGAGUGUGGGCUACAAGAUCCAGGAGAAGGCUUUGGUAUUUGGCGGAGAUGUGCCGACGACGACGGAUUACACUGUUCUUGCAAACCCUACAGUCCAGAUCGGAAACCGUUCUCUCGUAGAGGGGUCCAGCCUGCAAAACGAUCUACCCGAGUUCAAGGCCAAGGUGAAGGAGAUGCUGGAACGCAUCGUGGACACCAUGAAGACCUCCCCAGAAGACAUUCCGGUGGUCCUUGUUGGCGGUGGCGCGGUGAUUGCGCCGGACUCCCUGGUUGGUGCCAGCAGAGUCAUCAAGCCCGAGUGGUCCGGCGUCGCCAAUGCCAUUGGCGCUGCCACCGCGAGAGUCAGCGGCGUGGUUGACUCGAUUGCAAGCACGGAGUCAAAGAGUGUUGCGGAGGUCAUUGAGGAGUUGUCGCAGCGCGCGGUGGAUAAGGCAGUUGAGAGCGGAGCUCUGAGGGAGACGGUGACGAUUGCGGAGAUUGAGAGUUUCCCGUUACAGUACAUCGCGAACAAGUCACGAAUCAUCAUCAAAGCUGUUGGAGAUUUCGACUUCUCCAGGACUGACUUCAGCGACGCUACUCCAAUUGCCAAUGGCGUUGACGGUUUCGAGAGCGAGCCAUCUGGAACCAAUGAGAAGAAGCCAGAGACAAAUGGGGAUAGCCAUGCUUCAGGUUCACAGUCGAUCAUCUACACAAAGGACUACAUCCACUCUUACAAACCAAAGAUCGCCAACAAAGAAUGGCUCCUUUCAGAAACGGACCUGGAUUGGAUCACGAUAGGCUGUUACAUCCUGGGCACAGGCGGCGGAGGGUCUCCCUACCAACACAUGCUGAGACUACGGGAGAUGAUGCGGGCAGGAGCAACCGUCAGGAUCAUCUCACCGUGGGACCUCAAGGACGAUGAUAUCGUGGCUUGCGGUGGUGGGAAGGGGUCUCCUCAGGUUUCGAUUGAGAAGCCCUAUGGUGACGAGAUCAUGGAGUCCCAAGUAGAGCUCUACAAGUACCUCAACACCAAGCCAACGGCCGUCAUCUCCCUCGAAAUCGGAGGCGGCAACGGACUCCAAGGUCUCAUCCUCGGCGCCAGCACAAACCUCGACAUCCCAACCAUCGAUGGCGACUGGAUGGGUCGCGCGUACCCCAUCUCACAUCAAACGACACCAGUCGUGUUCGAGAAGAAGGCGACCAUGAUACCCUCAUGUAUCUCGGACGGCAACGGCAGAAUUAUGCUGAUGACGAAAGCCCGCACCGAGCUCGACGCAGAACGCGCCUUCCGCGCCGCCCUCUCGCAGAUGGGCUCCCACGUCGGCUGCGCCAAGGGCCCCGUCAGCGGCCGCGACACCAAGUCCUGGGUCGUCGAGAACACGGUCUCGCUGUCGUGGCGGAUCGGCCGCGCGGUGGCGCUCUCGCGGUGCAGUAACACGGUCGACAGGGUCGCGGAGGCCAUCGUCGACGAGGUUGGUGGGGAUGAGUCUGCGCGCGUGCUGUUCCGCGGCAAGAUUGUUGGCGUUGAGAGGGUGACGAGGAUGGGUCACGCGUAUGGCGAGGUCAUCAUCGAAGGGGCGUCAGCAGAUGGGAAGGGGGUUGAGAAGUUGGUGAUUCCGUUCAAGAAUGAGAAUAUUCUUGCGAAGAAGGUUGAUGCUGAGGGCGGGGAGGAGAUUCUCACCAUCGUCCCUGAUCUUGUGUGCGUUAUCGACGCUCAAAACGGCGAGGCCCUGGGUACACAGGAGUAUCGGUAUGGUCUUCUCGUGGUCGUCCUCGGCAUUACUGCUUCCGAGAAGUGGACCUCGACGGCCCGAGGUAUCGACAUUGGCGGGCCGAAGGGCUUUGGCAUGGAUGACUUGGAGUAUGUGCCGCUUGGCAAGUUUAAGAAGCCGAGGAGUGUGAUUGAAGAGUAUGGUGAUACUGCAUGA